CAUGCAGGGACAAUGUUGACAUAUUCUGUUUUUAUUUAGGAUGGCAUGGAGCAAGUUCGUCUAAUAGGGAACGUUCUGGUGACAGUGGAAGUGAGGAAGGAAAAGAAAGCAUUUCAACUGCAGCGACUGACAACGUAGAAAGAGUACGACAUCUCCGUCGGGAAUGUCAAAAUAAUAAUUUUUCGGAUGGAACUAAACUGAACCACCUACGAUAUUUGAUUGUUGACGAAAAAUACAAAAUGGUAUUUUGCUACAUUCCUAAAAUUGCCUGUUCACAAUGGCAAAUGAUGUUCAUAACACUGACAGGAAAAGUCAACACCAGUUUGUUGAAUUUGGGAAAUGUGCAUAAAAAGUAUCGCUCAAAAUUGAAAUUUCUAAGUGGAUAUUCUUUGGGAAAACGAAAAAUCAUUCUUGAGAAAUAUAAAAAAUACAUUGUUGUUAGAAAUCCAUUAGAGAGAAUUCUGUCAGCAUACAGAAAUAAAUUAGUACCUACAGGAACCCAUUACCAAUUUGGAAAUAUUAGAAAAAUCAUUGUGAAACGGUAUAGGGCUAAUACUUCUCCAAACUCCGAAGGUGAAUAUGUUGUCAACUUUUUAGAAUUUGUGAAAUUUCUCAUCGACGAAAAACCUGAGUAUUACAACAGCCACUGGCGACGGUACACGUCGCUUUGUCUUCCCUGUGUUAUUAAGUACGACUUUGUCGGGAAAUACGAAACUAUCAACAGAGAUGCUGACUUCAUCUUAAAAGAGAUUGGAGUUCCCCCUAAUAUCCGGUUUCCGCAAAGGUCUGAAACAUACAAAACAGUAGCGACGGUCAAAACAUUUGAGAAGUUUUAUUCACAGAUUCCAACUGAAUAUAUAAGAAAGUUAAUGAAUAUUUACCAGUCAGAUUAUGACUUGUUUGGUUACCCAAAAUCACUUAAUUUACAAAAUAAUACUAUAUCCCUCAAAUAAUUUCAAUAUCCACAAAUUCGAUACAUUCUUGAAACAUACCAUUUAGAAUAACUUAAGAAUUGCCUGUAUUCCUGCGAUAUCAAAGUAUUUUAUUAUUAUUCUAAUUCUGACAAUAACAAUUCCAAAACCAUGCAACCUUCUUUCCACCUUCUCUUUUAAAAGAUGACAGAUUCUCUGAAUUUCCGAUUAUCUUAAAUCAGUUAUGAAAAUAUCGAAGCAAAUUUUCUAAAAGAGAGAAGAAUUAUCAAUGACGGUAUGUGAAACAUAGCGUUAUUCCAUAAUUUCAUGCUUAUAUUCAAUGUGUUUUCAUUUAUAUUGUAUAUUUUCCAUUUAUAUUCAGUAGAUUCAAUUUGGUAUCGUAUAUCAUUUGUAUCUUA